AUGUUACUGCGAGAACUUUUCUCUCUAACUCUCUGUUCUGUUUCACGUUGUCGGCAAGGCAUGAACUCUUCUGUCAGUGAAAACCAUACCAAUAACACAGCAGAGUGUGAAGAGUACUGGAGCGGUUACUUUACUGUCGCUUUUACUACAAUACUGGCGAUCGCGUGGCUAGGCGGAGUUAUUACCAACGCCAUCAUCGUUUAUCUGCUUGUUUUCAAGAAGCACUUGGUGAACGCGACGAAUAUUCUGUUGGGAAACUUAUCCGUUGCCACUCUCAUCUAUUUUCUCUUUGGCGUCUCUGUGUCUAUAGUUGCAAUUGCUAAUGGUGGACGGUGGCCAGGAAAUGCCUCGUGCCAGAUGAAUGGUAUCGUCACGGUGUUUGCCUUUUGUGUCGUCUGGCAAGGACACGGUAUAAUCGCCGCGGAGAGAUUCGCCAAAAUCGUUUUUCCGAUGAAGACGGUUUUCACUAUGAAGCGGUCACGUGCAGUGAUCGCUUGCACCUGGAUUGUCUCUCUCUUCGUUGCUCUGAUUCCCGUUGUGAGCGUAUCUUCGAACAGCUAUUCCAUCGACGAUUCUCGCAUCGUGUGUACAAUCGAUUUCAGUUCGUUUGGAUCGCCAACCCCCGUCAUUUUGACCGUCAUUAUGUCGACAUCUCUCGGAACAAUGAUGUUCUCUCAGCUCGGAGUCCAUAGAGUGGCGAGAAGGAUUCGUAUACAAACGCAAAACAGGCAUUUAAUGCAAGGAAUAAACAAGUUUCAAGAGGCCCCCAAACAGGAAUGCGCCUUAGACGACAUCAGGUCUUUAGUCAAUAUCGAAUCGUUUGCGUCAUUGGAAGCAGCCAGGAUACAACGGAUUUCGGACGAUAUCUAUCAAGCGGUGGCGAGCUUCCAGAGCAGCAUUUUGUUCAUAGUCAUGUUUGUACUUCCCAUCUUUGCUUACAUUGUCGUGGCAAACGACAGAUCCAAAGAUUUGUCGAUUUGCGAUGUGAAAGCGAACCCGUCGUUCUACGUUACUGUAAUUCAGGUUGGACUGGCCGCCGUCGACCUGGCUUUCAACCCGCUCGUUUAUGUAAGUCGCAAUUUACCAAUGAAAAAGGGUUUGUGUAGGCUCUUCAAGCGAGAAGAACGGUGA